AUGGAAGACGGCGAGCUUGAUUUCUCGAACCAGGAAGUGUUUUCGAGCUCGGAGAUGGGUGAAUUACCGCCUAGCAACUGUUCGAUGGAUAGUUUCUUCGACGGGCUUCUCCUGGAUACUAACGCUGCGUGUACACACACUCACACCUGUAACCCCACGGGGCCAGAGAACACGCAUACUCACACAUGCUUCCAUGUCCACACCAAGAUUCUGCCGGAGGACAGCGACGAGAAGGUUUCCACCGACGAUACAGCUGAGUCUUGCGGGAAGAAUGGCGAGAAAAGACCUUUAGGGAAUCGAGAAGCGGUGAGAAAGUAUAGAGAGAAGAAGAAGGCUAAAGCAGCUUCGUUGGAGGAUGAGGUCGCGAGGCUCAGAGCAGUGAAUACGCAGCUGGUGAAGAGGUUGCAGAGUCAGGCCGCCUUGGAAGCUGAGGUGUCGAGGCUCAAGUGUUUGCUUGUGGAUCUAAGGGGAAGGAUAGAUGGGGAGAUUGGGUCUUUUCCUUAUCAGAAACCUAAUAUUCCAUCUUUCUCACACAUGAUGAAUCCGUGUAAUGUGCAAUGCGAUGAUGAGGUUUAUUGCCUCCAGGAUGGGUUUGGAGGGAAUAGCCAAGAAGGCGCAUCGAUCAAUGACCAAGGUCGUGAGUUUGACCAGCUACAGUGCAUCGGUAAUCAGAACUUAGUUGCCAAUGGAAAUGGAUCGUUCAACAACGCCAAUGCAUCUGUCUCUAAUAAGAGAAAAGCUGGGCAUCGUGCAUCGAGAGCAGUUUAA